AUCCUCAAGGUUCGUAUGCGUCGCUCGUGCUUCGAGACCGCGCUUUGCUCGGCGCUGGAAGAUGCGCGGCGCAGGAAGAACGCUGGAUGCUGGCUGGCGACGCUCCAUCGUAGAGCUGCCAUUGCGCGCGCCAGCAGUGGGAGAGGCGAUAUCAGCAGCAGUACGCCGCUCUGGCCUCGAAGCUGGCGCACAGCUUGCUGCUGAAUGCCGCUGGAGGGAAGGCGCGAAGGGCGGCGGAGCCAGAUGGAAGAAGGAGGGCAGCUCUCUCAGCGGACACCGCUCGUGCACGAGGCCGUAGCAUCGGCGCCGCACCUGCUGCGCCGCGCCGGCAGACGAUCGCUGCUGGGCUGGCGAGUUGCAGGCGCAGGGCAUGUCCCUGCUGCCCAUUCAUGAGUCCAGCCGGCGGCACGGCAAGGCGUCUUCCUUCGCGGCUGCCACAACCUCUCGUGCGCAGGAGCUUACCGUCUCUUCCCUCUCGCAGACAAGAUGGGUGCGUACAAGUACGUGGAGGCGAUCCACACGAAGAAGCAGUCGGACCUUAUGCGGUUCCUGCUCCGCGUUCGGUGCUGGGAGUUCCGCCAGCUGGCCGUGAUGCACCGCGUCUCGCGCCCGUCGCGCCCGGACAAGGCUCGCCGCCUCGGGUACAAGGCCAAGCAGGGCUACCUGAUCUACCGCAUCCGUGUGCGCCGCGGUAACCGCAAGAAGCCGGUGUCCAAGGGCGCCACCUUCGGCAAGCCGGUGCACCACGGUGUCAACCACCUCAAGUACCAGCGCAGCCUGAAGUCGACGGCCGAGGAGCGUGUCGGCCGCAAGUGCGGCAACCUGCGCGUGCUCAACUCCUACUGGGUCAACGCCGACGGCAUCUUCAAGUACUUCGAGGUCAUCUGCGUCGACCCGAGCCACAAGGCCAUCCGCCGCGACGCGCGCAUCAACUGGAUCUGCGACCCGGUGCACAAGCGCCGCGAGGCGCGCGGCCUCACCGCCACGGGCAAGAAGAGCCGCGGCCACCUCGGCAAGGGCCACCGCUUCAACCACACCGCACACGGCGGCAAGAACGCGACGAUCCGCAAGCGCGACACGCUGCAGCUCCGCCGCUACCGCUAAGCGCCGCGCGUCGUCGGCUGGCGCCGUGCUGCUCUUGGUUCCUUCCCUCUCUCCUCCGUACGAGUGGCUUCCCUCAUCAUCUCCCCACCCACGUCAUGCGAUCCAU